CUCUCUGCUCUCUAAUCGCUGUGUUGUGGUGCUGUCGUUCUCUCCUCCCUCUCCUCUCCGGGCUGUAUAUAAGUGUGGAUGGCUGUCUCGUGUUUUCAGACUCAGAGAGGGGAAUGACCAGAGACCUGUCAGACUCACGGCACAGAGGGCCACCAUGACCCCCGCGGUGACCCCAAAGAACAGACCCCCGCCUUCCCCCGGACAGCUGAUCAUCGGCUUGUGUGCGGCAUCUACAGGAUGAUUGACAGCUCCACCUCCUGAACCCCAGGAUGCCUGUGGUGCCAGUGGGCGGGACAUCUUCCUCCCACCAUGUCGUACCUGUUGCCCUCACCUGCUCCUGGCUGCUCGUGCUCCUCCACGCUGCCUUCGGUCAGAAACCCGCCAAGCUGCCUCUGAUUGGCCGGAAGCCUUUCAUCGCCGCCUGGAACGCCCCGCUGGACAUGUGCACCAUCAAGUACAACAUCACCACCAACGCCAACCGCCUCUUCCACAUUCAUGGGAGCCCGCGUGCUGAUUGGACGGGCCAGAACGUCACCAUCUUCUACGCCAACCGGCUGGGUUACUACCCCCACUACACGCCGCAGGGCACUGCCGUGCACGGCGGCCUGCCGCAGAACUGCAGCCUGGACCAGCACCUGUUCAAAGCCUAUCAGGACAUCAACCACUUCAUCCCCUCAGAGGACUUCCGCGGCCUGGCCGUCAUUGACUGGGAGUUCUGGCGGCCUCAGUGGAGCCGUAACUGGCACAAGAAGGACAUCUACCGGCGCAAGUCGAAGGAGAUGACCGCCAAGGCGUACUUCAACGUGACGGCGGCACAGGUGGAGGAGCUGGCACGGCGGCGGUUUGAGAAGAGCGCCAAGGCGUUCAUGCAAAGAACUAUCCAGCUGGGGACGCGCCUGCGCCCCAACGGCCUCUGGGGUUUCUACCUCUACCCCGACUGCCACAACUACAACCUGCAUGAGCAGAACUACACUGGCUUCUGCCCCCUGCUGGAGAGGCUGAGGAACGACGAGCUGCUGUGGCUGUGGAACAGCAGCACGGCGCUCUUCCCCUCCGUGGCCAUACGGAAAAGUCACACCAACAGCAUCAGCAACCUGCACUUCUCCCAGCACAGGAUCCGAGAGUCGCUCCGUGUCGCCUCACUGACCUCCAAGGAGUACGACCUCCCCACCUACGUGUACCUGAGGCUGGGCUACCGAGACGAGGCCCUGGCCUUCCUCACCAUGAAAGAUCUGAUCCACACAAUCGGGGAGAGCGCUGCUCUGGGAGCUGCAGGAUUCGUCAUCUGGGGGGACUUGAACCUGACCUCGUCCAGGCAUAACUGCACAAAGGUGAAAACCUUCCUGAGCCACCGCCUGGGUCAGUACAUUACCAACGUGACGCGGGCCGCUGAGGUCUGUAGUGACUUCCUGUGCCAGAGUAAUGGCCGCUGCGUCCGGCGGGACCCCCUCGCCCCCCAUUACCUUCACCUGAGUGCCGCCAGUUUCCACAUCCGGCCCUCCAACGACGGGGACUUUGCCGUCACCGGGUGGCACUCGCAGCACGAGCUGCAGCUGCUGACCAAGAGGUUUCACUGCCACUGCUACGAGGGCUACGAGGGGGAGCGCUGCGACAGCAUCAACCUAGUGAAGGAGGACGACGGACCGCGGAGGGACGAGGAUGAGGACGAGCAGGAGAGGCUGAGGACGGCGUGGGAGGACGAGCAACGUGGGAGGGAAGUGAAAGAGAGGGAGAGCGAAGCGCCACUGAACAGCUCCAGCUUACACCUGAUGUUGCUGAUGCUCCUGUUGAACAUAUCGUUACUAAACACGGCCGUAUGAUGCACGAUGACAAAAGGAGGGAUAAUUUUUCAAUGCUGCUGUGUACUUUCCAACACACAGACAGAAUGACGUUUUUCAUUUAAGAUGGAGACAGACUGGCUUUCGGCUGGAUUUGAACCCAAACUGUUACUGUUUCAGCUGAUGCACCACCAGCAGCCUGUUUCAAAGACUUAACAAAUGUUGUUCGGUGUUAGUGAAUCCAAAAGUUAUAAUUUUAAUGCGUUUCCAGACCACACACAGAAUCACUUCCCUUUCUUAGAUUUGUUCAGUUAUUCAAAUAGGUCUGGUGUUGUGCUCGUUAACUGCUGUUUUCCUUGCUCAAUUAUGGAUAAAACAUGAAAGCAAAGUCAGAAUAAUUAAUGAUGAAAAAUACUGGACACUAAUACAGUCCGACUGUUAGUCUUUUACACCCAAUAUCAUGUCUAGUUCCCAGAAUCCAAAGCAGUUCCUUUAAACUUCUAAUUUCCUUCAACCAACAGUCCAACAAGACUCAAACGUUGUCCAUGGUUGAGGCGGCGCACAUGGUCGCCGCGAGCCGUCUGGUCGUUCAUGCUAAUUGUGGUCAAGCAGUCAGACCAGCGGUUAGAGAGGCUCCAAGAACGGACUUCUUCUCUUCUGCAGCUAAUCAAUGCAGCUCGAUGUCUAAGUUGUGACCAGAUCUUGGACGGCUCGGCGCUCAGACUCUUCACACACGGUCGCCCAGGCCGCAGUUGCUAAUAUAGCCACCCACACCGCCAUGAAUGUGCCUAACCUCUGUGAGGUUGUAAUUAGCAACAUUAGUGAUUUAAGCUAAUUGCUAUCGUUGGCA